AUGGCCUCUGCGACCUCGCCGACCGUCGUCCUACCCAGCAUCCAUGAAAUGUUCCCCGAGUACCUCAUGCCAGCUCCCUCCUCGCCAUUACCCUUCUCGACGUCAGCAAGGCCCUCACAGCCACAACCAUUCUUGGGGAGCACACGUCUCCCACCACGCAACCACUAUCUGCCUGGGCCACUCCCUAGCCCGCUCACCCGGCGCUUCGCCUUUGAUUCACCUAUGCCUACUAGUCCUCCUCCUCCGCCCAAACCACACAACAAGGCACAGCCUCCGAUGACCACGGGCAGGGACGGGGAACGUGAGCUCGAAGACGACGAGUCGGAUGGCAAUGCGCAUUUGACUAACGACGAUGGGGAGAUGCCAGUGGACCAUGAGGAAGAUGACGAUGCUGACGACAUUGACAACGACAUCGAGGCGCCGCCAAGCCCGGCGUCCACAGGCUCUGCCGGCGCAUCACCAACGAGCACGACCACACGAAAGCACGUCUGCCAGCAGUGUCGCAAACGCUUCAACCGGCCCAGCAGCCUGCGCAUACACGUCAAUACCCAUACGGGCGCCACUCCAUUCCGCUGCCCAUACCCUAACUGCGGCCGCGCGUUCAACGUGAACAGCAACAUGCGUCGGCACUAUCGCAACCAUUCUAUCGCUCUCUCUGCCGCAGCCAAUGCCGUCGCCGCGCGGCCCGGCUCCAGUUGCGCGUCGACCUUCUCCAGCUGCUCAUCUGGCGAUGCGCUCACAUUAAAAGCGACCCUCCAACGCUCGACGCCACCGCACUCGCCAAUGACCAGCUCGCCGCGUGAUCGGUCGCAUCCGUAUCCACUCUCUGCGCGUAGGGGUUCUGUUCAUAUGGACGAAUCGGAGAGCACCCGUCUGCGUGCGAGCCCGACAAUGAUGGCAGCAUCAUGGGACCCGCAUCGCCCACGCCGGUAUUCCGAGUCCGCGUCCGCGUGUGGGUACGAGGAGAGUGCCGUGCGUGGGUGCGAGCGAUAA